CUCUCGCAACAACAAAAUUUUGAAUUAAAACUCUGAUGACGUUCCAUAUAAUUGAUUUUAAUUAUAUGUACUGAACACGACCACCGAAAAUGCCCCAAUAUUCGCCGGAAUGGCUGCAAAAAAUCCGUUGCAACCGCAACGCGUACGAACCGGACAAAAAUACGUAUCGCAAGAAUCUGAAGAUGCUGUACUCGAAAAACGAGUAUUCGCCAGGUGUAAAAGUGCACGACUGGGCCAACGCCGCCAAUUUCAGAGAGUACCGCGCAAAGAAUCCCCUCGAACCGGGGAAAUUCGAUUUGUUGGCUUCGCACUUCGAUCAUUUCGGAAACGAACCCGUUAAAUACGUGACAGAGUCCAAUGCCGAAUUCACUUGGAAAGUGAUCAAACCGCAAUCGGAUCCGCACAAGAAGAUGACAAAUAUUUGUUCGUACAGAGACGAAGACGCUGUAAACGAGGCAGGCAACGUGUCGAAGGAAUGCGUCAACGAUUAUUGCACUACGAUGCAAUCGAGUUUUAUGCCGCCGUAUCCGUACGUCAUGCCAAGGAUCGCGAUGGCCAAGACGCCGUACUAUCUCAACAGAAGAAUGGUUCAACCGAUACAGACGAGUCCGUUUAAAUUCUACGACGAGGAAGCCCUGUGGCACGUGUGCAAGCUGCAAAAGUACAAAGGCGAGAGAGAGAUUUCGUACAUUCCGUGGCUGGGCAAGUACACCGAUGGAAGUAAAUAGAGAUUAAGAAAAAAAUAUAUAUUAAAAAUUCAUGUCUACAAAUCAUACAUGUAUAUAAUGGAGAUGGAACGAACCGAUUAAAGCCAUAAAACUUAUAAACUAUUAUUACGGUGGUACAAUAUAAUAAUUUUAUGUAA